AUGAAAUGGACGACAGAAACUUCUUUGAUUGUGGCCGCUGCCACGAUUGUUGCCAUACAGAUCAUUUUUCGCUGUACCUACAGGCUCCUCGGCACUUUCAAAUUGCUUCCUGCUAUCCACCAGAGAUGGCACUCAGAUGACAGCUGGAUGGCCUUUUCACUUGUACCCCUAGUCUCCCGAACAGCCUGCAUAGCGUGGUACUUCGAUCUCCGCGCAGCGAAGACCCAUCACCAUGACGUUGUGGCGAAGAAACUAGUUAUACCUUCUCGGCUGGCUUAUGCUCUGUUCCUCUGGUGCAUGAAACUAUGCCUCCUCCAGUUUUAUUCGCGACUCGAGAAUGGUUCAAACAGGGUCCAUCGAGCCAGGCGUGCGCUCUGGUACUUUAUCGUGGUAUCUUUUUUGGUCAUAGUGCUGGCCACUUUGCUUGAAUGCAGGCCAUUGUCACUAUAUUGGGCACCGACGAAGCAUGCAUGCCAGAAGGGGACAAAGAAUCUUCUGACGAUGGCAAUCCUCAACAUUGCCACAGACCUUGCCUUGAUUCUCUUUCCGAUUCCGAUGCUCUGGAAGAUGUCCACCCUCAGCUUCCAAACAAAGGUCCAGUUGACAUUGCUCUUCCUUGUGGGAACUAUUGUGGUUGUAGUAACCAUCAUCCGUUUACCGCUCAUCUUCUUGCAUUCCAACUCGCAGACGACUCGCACCAUGUGGGCGUCGAUAGAACUCGUUUGUGCAUCUAUUGUCGGUAAUGCUGCAUUUUACUACGCGUUAUGGAAAGAAAUUCCCAGGUGGCGUGGCCAACGGCCAUCCUCCGUACCUCUCGUCCCGUAUAUACUUUCCUUGGAGCACAAUGGAUCUGAAAAUCAAAGAGCUUGGACCUGUCCAGAACAACGAUUAAUUCAAGCAAGCACUUCCGAUAAAACUGAUGAUACAUCUGCUGGAACGCCGAAAGACACCCUCAGCCUCGUUGAGACGGGACUUAAGGGAUUGCAUGGAUCGACGUAG